AUGGGUGUAUAUAUACCACCAGGCAGCGGGGGAAAUGAUAAUGGGAAGAGUGGUGGAAGUGGUGAUAAUACCCUUACAAUUCCAAACCCAGCAUCAUUCAUACCGCAAAAUCCAAGUUUAGGUUUAAGAUUAUGGGGACCAUUGGUUCCUGCUUCAGAUAAUUUGCCAGCAUUGUAUUUUCUAACUAGUUUACAAAUCGGUAUCGGUUUAUUGAGUUUUAACAAAGUGAGAUAUUUAAGACGGUCUAAUUUGGCAAGGUUUGGUAUAGAAAAUACAUGGCAAAGAAGAUCAACCAAAUGGUUGUGUGCGAUUGGUGGAUCGUAUUUGGUUUACCAGUCGGGCAUUGAAAUGUCUAGACUAGCUAUGCCAUACGAUCCAUGGUAUGACGAAGCGAAGUUCUAUCGUAAAUUGGCCAUCAAAAAUGGCGAUAAUCCUAGUUGGUGGUUUGGGGCCACUGGAUACUACAAGCCUAUGAAUUAUAAAGAAUGGUAUACUAAGAUCGACAAGUGGUUUAAUAACCAGAUAAAUAUAAUUGACGCAGAACAUGAAAAUGUAGAUACUGCAUCAUCACAGGUUAGUACUCGAGGUAAGCAUCCCCAGUCACCUCUUUUAUCCAGCUUAUCUAGAAAGGGAAAAUAUUCAGAAAUUUACCAAAGUUUGCAUGAAAGUAAUAUCAAGAGAUAUAAAAAGUUAUUAGACCAACUGUUAAAGGAUGUGAAUGAAUUGAACAAGGCUGAAAGACUCGACCUAAUUAUGGAAGGUAAAUCGUCAAUAAAGUACAACGAAGAAUACUUAAAGCCUCAUAUCCAAUUGGGAAACCAUAGAAUAGAUACCGACGAGGAGUUUGAGAUGGUUUGGUUAAAUUUUGAACCAUGGGAUGAGUUGAAAAUGGAAACCGACUAUGACAUUAGAUUGGUCCCAAGAUGGAGAUGGAGUGAAGACGAAGAUGUUGAAGCUUCAAGCACCGAAUCCGUUCCUACAGAACCUACAACCAACUUAGUUAACGAAGUUGAUGAAUCGCAUAUAUAA